AUGGCAGCUCGCUACAACUCUUACGAUUCUAGAUCAUCGUUAUCUUCCUCAGUCCACUCAGAUCUAUCUUCCUCCGCUGAAUCCAAACCGAACAAACCAUCUUCAUCCAAGGCCAUUGUCAGAUCCAAACAUUCAUACUUAACCAAAACAGCUAAAAACGUCAAGCCUGAAAAUCCUGGAAACCUCACUUGUAUGAUGAAGAAGCUGAUUGAGAUGAAGAAAUCUAAUUCCAGGAGCAAGAGGGUCGAGCUUGUGAUUCCCGAGGAAAUGAAGAAAAUUGAUACUGCGAAAUUAGAAGGAAGAGGAGGGAAGAGCACACUAGGAACAUUGCAGAGGAAGCUGUUCGGGAAGGAGAAGGUUAAGCCUUUGACAGAGGUCAAGGGAAACACCAGGACUCUCUCCAUGGUUCUGCGAAGCGAGAGGGAGCUUCUUAGCAUGAACAAGGAACAAGAAAUGGAAAUCGCUGAGCUAAAGAUUCAUCUUGAGGAGAAGAAUAGAGAAGUGGAGAAGUUGAAGGAUCUGUGCCUGAAGCAGCGGGAAGAGAUAAAGUCGCUGAAGAGCGCACUUUUGUUUCCGGAUGCGAUGAACAGCCAGAUGCAGGAGCUGAAUCAGGCAAGGCAGAUCAUCCCUAACCUUCAAAAGCAGGUUCUUUCACUCAAUGGCCAGCUCCAAUGCAUUGCUCAUGACCUUGCUGAGGUGAAGGCGAACAAGUACUCGUCAGAAAGCUGUUACUGGCAAGCACAGACGUCUUCCUAUGAUUCACUGGAAUUCAGCUCAGGCAGCCCUGAUGGAUUGGCUCUGGAAGAUCUGAAUCCAUGCCUAACCCCUUAUACUAAGACGAAGCCAAAGGAGUUUGAGAGGGUGGAUUCGGCAGAAGAGAGCUUAUCAGGGAGAAGCACUGUAACAACAACAGGAUGUAAAGUUAAAUCAAGUUCAAAAAGUGUAAAGCUGUCAGGGAGCUCAGAGGGAAAGGCAGGCCGGAGAUCAGAGGAGAGCAGAGGAUGGUAUAGAGGUGGGAGAAUGUUUUAAGAUAAAAGAAAAGUGCUUCAAAGGGUAAGUUUGGCCCAAUAUUUCCACGUGAUAAGUUAUGUCUCUUGCUCUCAGUCUCAGAGGGUAGUAUGAUUUUGGUAGAACCGUGAUGCAAGAUUGAGCUGAACAAGUUAAAAAUGUUGUGUGUAAAAUAGAAGCCAUUCAAAAUAAGGUAAUUAAAGAUGAAGAAAGAGAGCAGAUAUGUUUCCUUUGCAUCCCCCUUUUCUCACUUUGUA